ACAGUGUGACGUAUCACGUUGACUCAAAACAGACCCGGGAAAUCUCAGAUUCAGAUUCAGAACCGCGAACAGAUCCGAGACGUCAUGGUUCAGGAGUUUCAUGUGCUCAGGUGUUUCUCCUGUCAGAGCUUUCAGGUUCAACAGGUGAAGAAGGUCCACAGGUGGAGCUGUAAACUGUGUGGAGAGAAACAGAGUCUGCUGAAGGAGUUUGGGCGGGGCUCCGGAGCCGACUGCAGACGCCAUGUUCAGAAACUGAACGCCGCGAGAGGAAACAUGAUGGAGGAGCAGGAGCGCAGCACCUUGUCACUAUGGAAUCAGGCUGAGGAAGAAGAGCGGAGAGACCCCGAGGAAGAGGAGUGGAGAGACCCCGAGGAAGAGGAGCGGAGAGACCCCGAGGAAGAGGAGCAGGUGAGCCAGCCUCAGGUGAGCCGCUGGAGUAAAUACCUGGACACACCUGAGGAGGAGGAGGAGCCUGAGGAUGAGGACGAGGACGAGCAGAGGGUUUCCAUGGAGAGGGAUCUGCUCCAUGGCAACCAUAUGACUGACAGGAAGAGGAAAAGAGGAGGAGAGAGAGAGAGCUGCACACCUGAACAGCACCAACCCGGUUCCAUGAGGCCCGCCAAGACUACCAGAACCAUGAAUCUCACCCGAGCCGGUCUGACCCAAACCAGAACUACAAGUCCGACCCAAACCACAAAUACCAAUCUGAACCAAACUGGUCUGACCCAAACCAGAACUACAGAUCUCAACCCAAGGGGUCUGACCCAAGCCAGAACUACAAGUCUGAACCAAACUGGUCUGACCCAAACCAGAACUACAGAUCUCAACCCAAGGGGUCUGACCCAAGCCAGAACUACAAGUCUGAACCAAACUGGUCCCAACAAGAACUGGUCCAGUCCUCUUUGUGAGGGGGCUGUAAAGCCUCCUAGUGUGAAUAGUGGUCUGGUCUCGAGGUGGUCCUGUUUCCUCCGUUCUGACAGUGAGGUGCAGGAGGGGGAGGGGGCUUCCGACAGUGGGUGGAGUCACAAGGUGGGUGAAGCUUCCAGUUUAACAUGUAGUGAUGUCAUCACUCAGCCCCUGGCUAGACCCCGCCCCCUGCUUCCUGUUUCCUCGAUUUUUGAGAGCGGAGAUGAGUUCUGCUUUGACGACUUCCUGUCAGGAGACUUUUAGAUCAGAACCAUCGAUCAAUCAGCUGAUCAGUUAUUUAAUCAAUCAGCUGUCAACGACUCUGAAGACCAAAACCUUUCUUUUAAAGUUAAACCUGUUUCAAUAAACCUGAUCCUGUGAUCAGUUAUUGAUCUCUUUAUUAAACCUGAUCCUGUGAUCAGUUAUUGAUCUCUUUAUUAAACCUGAUCCUGUGAUCAGUUAUUGAUCUCUUUAUUAAACCUGAUCCUGUGAUCAGUUAUUGAUCUCUUUAUUAAACCUGAUCCUGUGAUCAGUUAUUGAUCUUUCAUUAAACCUGAUCCUGUGAUCAGUUAUUGAUCUCUUUCAUUAAACCUGGUCCUGUGAUCAGUUAUUGAUCUCUUUAUUAAACCUGGUCCUGUGA